AUGAAGGACAGCACUGAUUUUACUGAGACGGAAGCAUAUUCAAAGAUAUACAACUUCAUUCUGAUGGUCGACGACUCAAUCAAAAACUCGGAACAGAGACGAAGCGAGCAUCAUAUGUCCAUUCUUGCAAACAUCUUCGAGAUUGUAGACAGCACAGAGAAGGAUCCGUCUCCACAGAGGUAUGCAAACAUGGCUGCCAAAACCGUAUUCCAAAGAAUAUGCGGUGCAUAUGACGACGAACAUCUCAAAAACUCAUUUGGAAACCAGAUAAGAUUGGACUAUGGCACCGGCCAUGAGCUGAACUUCCUGUGCUACCUCUACACUCACCAUUGUAGAGGAGACAUCAGCCUCGACUGUGUAUUUACCACCCUUGUAAGAUACUUCGAGGUUGUCAGGCUCUUUGUAUCAAAAUUCAAUCUGGAGCCGGCCGGAAGUCAUGGAAUAUGGGGUCUGGACGACUAUCAAUUUCUGCCCUUCCUCUUUGGGUCUUCUGAGCUCUGCAACACAAGGCUCAGAUUCGACGAGCUCAACGACUCCAUGUGCUACUUUGUUGCAGUCAAGAAGAAGUUGGGAGGCACCUCUCAAAUCCUCAACAGCAUCAUGGAUAAGGACUGGCCAAAAGUCAACAGGGGAAUGAUUAGGAUGUACGAUGACCAUGUGCUCAGAAGAAGCGUUGUGACACAGCACUUCAUCUAUGGAGAAUACCUCAAGAAGGACAGAAGUCUAGCCACUAAAGAACUCUGA